CUGACGGGCGCCGGCCGGCGCACGGCGCCGAAAUAAUAAAACAGAAACUGCUUACUACUUGAACAUUUGAACCAGAAAAUAAUAAGGCGUAGGUCGCUAGAGUUGAUUAGUAAAAUCAACUUGAUUAGUAAAAUUUGUUCUAUCCUAUUAAUACAGACCAGGCAGUUGUAUAAAUACGAGUAGAAAUAGAAAUACCUACAAACGUACAACUAAACUAAGAAAAAUAUGGAAGGGCGGAAACAACCUGGAUCUUUCUGGCGUAAAAGGAAACAAGAAAAGCAAGAAAGACAAAAUAAAAUUUUGAAAGGUAUACCCAAAAUGACAGCAUUUUUUAUACCUGAUGGAAAUCAAGAAGACGACACUACAAAUAUUUGCCAACCCGGUAGUAGUUCUAGUGCUACUAGUGAUAAAUAUAUUCAUAUUCAACCACAUGAACUUAUUUUGGAGACUUCAGAAUUAGUGCCAGAGCCAGAGCACUUAGUAUCACCUGUUUCAAAAGUAUUAGAAUAUGAAGAAGCAACCACCAGUAACUCGGAUCCAAAACAGGAUUUACUUAAUUUUAAAGAUCCGGCACUUUGGCAAGAUUCCCAUAAUUAUGCAGAAAUGAUUCUAGAAAAAUGGGUCGAACAGAAUCUUACAGAUAUGGUCUUUUCAAUGUCAAAAAGAAAUUUCGGGGAACAACACAGGUAUGCCGGUAAGCAAAUAUUUUAUAAAAGACUUGUUAAUGGAGAAGUGGUUCGCCGCGAUUGGGCAAUUUACUCCGAGAGCACUGGCAAUAUAUUUUGUCUUUAUUGUGUAUUAUUUGGAAAUAAAAAAACCAAUUUAAAACAGGAUUUUCAUUAUGGAAUAAAAGUAAGGAAAGAUUAGACGAACAUGAAAGAUCUAAUGAUCAUAUAGAUAAUCUGAAAAUGUAUAUGACUCGCUUAUUAAAGCAAGGAAGAGUUGAUGUAGAACUCGAAAAGGAAAUUAGCACUGCGAAAGAAUAUUGGGUGAAAGUACUAGAAAGAAUCAUAAGUGUAAUAAAGUUUCUGGCUACCAGGGAAUUGGCAUUUAGAGGUACUCAUGAAAGAAUUGGCGAAAAACGGAAUGGAAACUACUUAGGUUUACUGGAACUAUUGUCAGAAUAUGAUCCAUUUUUGAAAGAUCAUAUUAAUAAACGAGCAAAUUUAGGUAAGGGCAAAACGUCAUAUCUAUCAAAAGAUAUAUGUAACGAAUUACUGAAUAUUUUAUCCAAUCGAGUCAUUGAUGAAAUUGUUAGACAAAUUAAGGCAAACAAAUACUAUUCUAUAAGUGUAGAUUCAACACCUGACAUAACACACCAUGACCAACUUCAGUGAUUUUGAGAUAUUGUGACAAUAAAGGGAAUCCCGUGGAAAGAUUCGUGGGAUUUUAUAAAAACACUGGGCAUAGCUCACAACAACUUGAGGAAACAGUUAUUGGGAUGUUAGAGUCUUUGAAAUUAGAUAUUAAGAACUGUAGAGGCCAGUCUUACGACAAUGCCAGUAAUAUGAGUGGAAAGUAUUCUGGUUUGCAAGCACGUAUUAAAGCUUACAAUGAUUUAGCUCUCUUUGUGCCGUGUGCUGCUCACUCUUUAAAUUUGGUUGUCCAAAAUGCAGCAGAUUGUUGUUUGGAAGCAACAUCUUUUUUCAUGUUGGUACAAGCUAUCUACAAUUUUUUCUCCGUGUCUACACAUAGGUGGGAGUUAUUGUCUCGUGCACUAAAGGAUUCGGCUGAGUCGGGCCAGACACUGUUACCUAAGAGAGUGCUAAGUUACCUAAGCAGCUUCUCUAUCGGAAAAACUUAAUUUGUUGGAAAACGGAAUAAUUUUAUCAUUUUGGCUUGACGUUUUACAAAGGGUUAAUGAAGUGAAUAAAUCAGUACAAAAGGAAAAUAUGGAUUUAAGCACAACCGCUCAUCUGUUAUCAUCUUUAGCAGAUUACUUUGAU